GGCGACAUUGAACUUGAUCCCAGUGCUGCCAAACACCAUGUCGAGCCCCAGAAUCCCUGUCGAAACAUGGCGACAUCUCCUCCGUGCGCUACUCCGCGAGUGCUCCUACCUCCCUGACCCUGUCGCCAGAGUCAAUAUGCAUGCCCACACCCUCGACCGAUACCGACGGUAUGUCAAAAAGAAGCCGGACCUGAUUCGACAGAUUGCGCUGCAUAAAUCAGCCCUUCAGGAACUGUCUUUGCUCCGUCGAGCCAAUGAGGGAUACAGCAAACCGUUGGAAAAGGUUUUGCAACUUGCAUAUGGUCGCAGAGGGAAACGGAGACAAGAUCUGAUUGAUAAGUUCAUCACGCCAUCGGACGCAGUGGACGCACUGGAUCCGGCGAACGUGCAACCUCUUGUGGGACAAUUCAAGGAUGGGUGGAGGCCUCCCUCGCUCAUGGUUGAUUUGCUGAAGGCUCAACGGCAUAACGCGAUGAUUACCCUGCUGAAUGCCGGGUAUCACGUCAAGGAGAUUGAGCCAGUCAUCCCCAACGAGAAUGUCUGGGGGAGGCCGCUCGCUCAAUCUCGUCGAAUUAAUAUCAGGAGGGAAUGGUACGUCAAGGCGCGAUCAAAUAUGUUUCCGCCGCUGCCUGAUGCAGAGCUCGAUACGUUAGACGGCCUAAUAUCCGGGGCCACUCCGUGGACGCCGCCCAAACGAAGAAAAGCAGUCGGUACCGCCCCAUUUCGCAAUAUCAAUGUUGCUUUGUUUUUGAUAAAGGGGCCGUCGAAGGGAGAUACUUUCGAAAAAUAUGUGGACGGGCGACCUCAUAACAUCACGCGACGAUUCAUGACGAGGCUCUGGAAGCGCGUGUCUUGUCUAGUCCCUCGCGUGAACUGGAAUUCAGUAACCAAAAGGCCUACGUUUUCCUGGGAUGUGAUUCACACCAAUCCCCAACUGGCCCUCUCUACGGACGAGGAAAAUGCGUGGCAAAUCUUUGAUGGCAUCGAUGACCAGGGGAAAAAGAUCAAAGAGGUUGAACCUCGGAAUGAGCCUCAACAGUCAGACUAGUACAAUAGCAAGAUAAUACAU